AUGGCUGAACCUCGGGUUUUGAUUUUGGGGCACUCCUUCAUCAGGCGUUUGCAUGAGUUGAUACGUCUGCCUACAAACGCUUUACGGGAGGAUUUUGACAUUACCACCCCUAUGAACCUGCGCUGGCAUGGAGGAGGGGGACGAACUGUGGCCAAAGUCAUACGCUACGAUUUGGAGAUAGUCCGACAAUUUUCGCCUGACAUUGUUAUUCUACAGUUGGGUACGAACGAUAUCAGUGAUCGUUCAAUCCGUUCUGCUCUAACUGUCGGUUCACAGUUAGAGGACCUAACAAAGCUAUUACAUGAACAAUUCGGCGUAACCGUGGUUUGCGUGUGCCAAACUAUACUAAGAGAGAACGCGCACUUAAACGUACGCAUUCGCACGUUGACGGAUUAUUUACGCGUUGUCCUACAGCCCCUUCCAUUUGCAUUUUACUGGAGACACAGGGAUUUUGGAGGACAACACAGUCAUUCUUAUUGCACGAUGGAGUUCAUCUGA